AGCAGCAACUAUAGUAUAGAAGAAUAACAAACAUGGCCGCAUUGGGAAUGAGCGGUCAGCUUCUUCCGGUGCUUCCCAAAGUCGCUGCCAAACACAAUUCUCCGACCAAGAAGUAUUCUUGUACUCUCAAUGUAGCAGCUACUAAAGUCGAACACCACCAAUCCAUAGCAACAGUACCAUAUUUUUGGUCCAAGGUACUCCCUCUGGCAGUUGCAGUGUCGCUGGUCGCUCCCCUGUCUUCUUCGGCAAUACCCUUUCUCGACUCCAAAUCUUCUUCACUAGCUCCCACAACCCCAUUUUCACAAUCCAAGAACUUGCCUACCGGACUCGAAAAUGGAAAAAUCAGACCUUGCCCUUCAGUUAAUCCGGGGUGUGUAUCGACAAAUCCCCAGUCUUCUUCUUCUGCCUUCCCCUGGAUGAUUCCUCAAAAUUCUACUGGCAAUGCUAUCAUGCAAUUGCAGGACGCCAUUUUGAAGACGCAGAAGAAUGCAAAGAUUCAAGUUAUUGAAGAUAUCCCUGAUGGAAAAUAUUUGCAGGCUGAGGUAGAUGGGGGAUUUGGUAGAGAUGUUCUAGAAUUUUUGGUGAAAGGAGAUUCAGUUGCCUACAGAGCAAUGGCCACAAAAGUGACUUAUAUAUACCCAUUUACUACAGCAUUAGGAGAUUCAAAAGGACAAGAAGAAAGAAUGAAAAAGAUCACAGAAGAGUUGGGCUGUUUUAUCUACAGAAAGGAAACAAGUAACUUGAUCAGACACGACAGAUGGAACGCUGAUCAAGACUUUCAGCAAAACCAAAAGAUAUCACAUGAUGCUAACAUAGCACGAAAGCUGUACAUUAUGUAAUUGACAUUCAAUAAAGAGACAACACAAGCACUUGGAAACUUGCUAUGGAAGAAAAUCAUGCAUCUCGAUGAGGCCAUUAUGUUCGACCAUGUUAUACUUUAAAAUGGAGAGAAUGAUCUAUUUAGAAUCAGAAACUGUUAGGCACACAAAAGUUGAACUACACUGUAAGAUGUAAAUAGUAUGAAGCGCUACUAUUAUCUUACAUCAAAUCAUAAAAUCAAAUUGGAUGUAAAUUAUAGAACUUUCAGAGAUUAGAGGUAGAUUAACUACUAUAUGGAAUAUGUUCUACCAUAUUUUUGGCCUGAGCUGGGUUAUGCCACAGAAUAUGAGACAGGCACACAUUAGUUGGAGUUUGUGGAAAGUUUAUGGCCAUCAAGAAAAUCUGGUUGAUGAUUCCUACAGCUAUUUUUUGGUGUUUAUGGACAAAUAGAAUAGAAGAUGUUUUGAUGGCAUCUCAAUUCCAAAUCACUCUCUCAAGGCAAAAUGGCUACUUGAACUUUUUUGCAGUUUUGGGACUUUGUUAGUACUCUUGUCCUAGAUUGACACUUUGUAUAGGGUGCUUCUCUCUUUUGUUUUUGUCUUUUGUAACUAGGCCUUCUGUAACUAUGUAAA